ACAUACUCGAAUGAGUGUGAAAUGAAAGUAGCGUCGUGUCAAGAAAAGCGUGACAUUUACAUCAUGAGUGAAGGCGAAUGCGAAUCUGACGAAAUUUCUGGUUCCGGAUCUGGGGAUAUGCCAGACGAAGAGGACUCAAUGGAAGUUGGUUCUGGUGCUAUGGAAUGUGACGAGACAACAUGUCGUUAUGGUGGUGCGUGUAUCUACGAUGUGGAUGACUCAGUAACAUGCUCUUGCGAUAUGGUAUGCCCAGCAUUGAGGUCACCUGUGUGCGGUUCCGACGGCAUUACGUACAGCAAUGACUGUGAGUUGAAGUUAGCGAUGUGUCAGCAACAGAAAUGGAUUGGCAUUGAAACAUGUGAAGAUGUGGAGAUGGAACCAUGUGAUGGAGAGCUUCCUCUCACAGACGCCGACACUGGGAAAGAGUACUUCUGUGGAGAGGGACCAAACCACAGUGAAUGCCCAGCGGGAAGUUACUGCCACAUACAUCCUACAGGAUCUUUCGCCAAAUGUUGUAAAGGUAGGAUAAUUAAUGGUAUGGACUGGCAGGUGUGGUAG